ACUUCCACAUGACAUGGAUGCAGCCAAAAAAACCAUAAAUUAAAUAAAAUUUAAAGUAAAAAAAAUAGAGUUACUUCCCACUCUACAAUCCAUGAAAUUAGCUCUCCUUUCAAUACCCAUUCCCAGAUUUGCCCUUACCUUUCUGGUGAGGAACACUCGGGCAGGUACGGCAAAGAGCUCUUCUUUGGUUGCUGCCCUUGGGCAACUGCCUGAUACAAGAAGAAAAAGGAACUGCCCCAAAUUUUCUCAUGACAGCCAGGAUGACACCAGCUCCCAGCCUACUUGUGCCUCCAACACUGCCCAACCAUUGACUGGCACACAGGUGCACAGUACAUAUUCCCUCCUCUUGAUUUCCUUCCCGCCUUUCUGGUGCUGGGAGGUCCUUGCUGUCUCUCCCACCUUGGGUUUGCCUCAGUCCCUGCCUCUGAGGGCAGUAUCUUCCCAGCUCUCACCACAAACCAAGGGAAGGAGAGAAAAAAAUGAGCGCAGGAGAUGAACGUUUCUGGGCCUUCAAGCCCUGAAGUAUAGUCUUUGCAAAGACACGCAGGCUCCUCCAGACCUCUGUGCCCCAGAGAAGGUAGCCAUGUGGCCUCCCGGGGUCUCCACAGAGGACUGCAGUAUUCAGACAUUCCUUCUUUCUCUCACUCCUUCAUUCCCUCAGUUUCUCCUCCCUCCUCUUUUACUUUCUUCAUCAAUUCCCCCCAGGGAUCUUCUUUUCUUCUUUGCUGAAAGCUCCCACUUUCUCUCUGAAUUCUCCUUUUCUCUCCUCCUGGGCCCUCCUUGAAUUCUGGCUGAAGGGAGAUAAGGAAAGGAAAGCUCCUCCUUUUGGCCUUCAUCAGCUCAGAGGCCAUCUUUCUGAGGGCAGUCUCCCCAUGGAUUCCCCCAAUAAAUAAUCCCUAGGCACCAGGCAUCUAGUUAGUGAGGCAUCUUCACUCAUGGCAUUUUGGGGAAAACAGGAAAUGCUGUGAAAUACUGACUUUCUACACAAAGUAGCCUUUGCAGUGCAGCUAAUGACCACUAACAUACUUAGUGGCCAACCACCCAUCACAACAAUGCCAUUUAUGAGGCUUUUGCGGUGUAUGAGACCCUUUGUCAACAUGAACACCCUCUUCCAGUUCCACAGCUACAACUCCGUGGAUCAGGUGGGGCUUUCCUAAAUUUACAGGAGAACAGGACUUAGGAGUGAAGAGACUGACUAAAAUCACAUCUGGAGGGAGCAUGGUGAACCUGAGGCUGGCUAAAUUAUUCUAACUAAAACUAUUCUAACGUUUUAGAGACAUCACAUCUUUCAUUUUAUUCUCACAGCAAUCCUCUGUGGUGGACAACAAGCCUGCUGAGGAGAGUCAGCAGUUCCAGGAGGUGAAACGAGUUGCUUACAGCCCCAAAGCAGACCCCAACCCCCGAACUCCAAAGGGAAAGGAGGAAAACGGGCUCAGCCCCCGCCAGCCAGCAGCCUGGGGUGCUGCCCAGGAUUCCGUUAGGAAAACGCGGAGAGAGCCACAGCGCCUGACCUUGUAUUCUGCCAGCUGAGAAGUGGGGAGAGAAGCCUCAGCUCGUUCCCAAAACAGAGUCCCGACUUGGGCGCACGCUCUGGGAUGAGACCUCGAAUUCCGUGCCGAAGGCGCCCCGGGUGGAGAAAAGCCCCAGAGACCUGGAAGCCUUAGCCCAGGAUGGGCUGAAUGCGGAAAGGAGCCCGCGGGACUCAGAGAGCAAGAGCGGGACCAGCUCCUCCCCUGCGGGGGGCCAAGGACCUUGGAGUUGCCAGGAGGAAUCCCCUGGGAGGCAGCACCGCGUGGGGUGGAGCGGCCCCUCCGGUCUCCUCGAAGGCUGGCGCUAAGAGGCCUCGAGGGCCAGGGCCAGGUUUUGUGUGUAUCCAGGAGGUCUGUGCUUCUCAGCCACCCGGAGGAGCAACUGGGAGACUUUUCCGCCCGACAAGGGCCCGGGAAGGCCCGCGCUUUCUCUGAAAGUGAAAGGAGUGGGCGGGGGGCGCGGCCGAGGCGGGGCCCAGGCGGGAGGCAGCGCAGGCUCCGCCUCGGGGCAGUCUCAAGCCGGGGGCGCCGAGCGUCUCCAGUCCCUGCCGCGCCGCGGGCUGGUGGGCUCCGCGGCGGUUCUAUUGCCGGGAAAUGACCCUGCCCGGGGGCCCGACGGGCAUGGCGAGGCCGGGUGGCGGGGGGCACUGCAGCCCCGGGCUGGAGCGGGCCCCGCGCCGGAGUGUUGGGGAGCUGCGCCUGCUCUUCGAGGCGCGCUGCGCCGCGGUCGCUGCCGCCGCCGCCGCAGGGGAGCCCCGGGCCCGCGGGGCCAAGCGGCGGGGGGGAAAGGUUCCUAAUGGGCUUCCACGGGCUCCCCCUGCCCCGGUGAUCCCGCAGCUGACUGUGACGGCCGAGGAGCCGGACGUGCCCCCGGCCAGCCCUGGGCCGCCCGAGCCGGAGGGUGGCUGGCUCCCGGCCGUAGGCUCGUCGCACCUGCAGCAGCCGCGCCGCCUCUCCACCUCAUCGCUCUCCUCCACUGGCUCCUCGUCGCUGCCCGAGGACUCGGAGGACGAUCUUCUGAGCGACAGCGAGAGCCGGAGCCGCGGCAACGUGCAGCUGGAAGCGAGCGAGGACGUAGGUCAGGUACGGCACUGGCAGAAGAUCCGGACCAUGGUGAAUCUGCCAGUCAUGAGCCCUUUCAAGAAGCGCUAUGCCUGGGUGCAGCUGGCGGGGCACACGGGUGAGCACUUUCAAGGCGGCUGCACCACGGGGCUGAUCCUAAAGCGCAGCUCAGAGCCGGAGCGCUACUGCCUGGCGCGGCUCAUGGCGGACGCGCUGCGCGGCUGCGUGCCCGCCUUCCACGGCGUGGUGGAGCGCGAUGGCGAGAGCUACCUGCAGUUGCAAGACCUGCUCGACGGCUUCGAUGGGCCCUGUGUAUUGGACUGCAAGAUGGGCGUCAGGACUUACCUGGAAGAGGAGCUGACCAAAGCCCGCGAGCGACCGAAGCUGCGAAAGGACAUGUACAAGAAGAUGCUGGCAGUAGACCCUGAAGCACCCACGGAGGAGGAGCACGCGCAGCGCGCGGUCACGAAGCCGCGCUACAUGCAAUGGCGAGAAGGCAUUAUCAGCACCACGCUCGGCUUCCGCAUCGAAGGCAUCAAGAAAGCCGAUGGCUCUUGCAGCACGAUUUCAAGACGACGAGAAGCCCGGGAACAGGUGAUUCGCGUCUUCGAGGAGUUCGUGCAAGGAGAUGCAAGAAGUGCUGGGAGGUAUCUGAACCGGCUGCAGCAGAUCCGGGACACCCUGGAGGUCUCUGAGUUCUUUAGGAGGCACGAGGUGAUUGGCAGCUCGCUCCUCUUCGUGCAUGAUCACUGCCAUCGUGCAGGCGUAUGGCUCAUCGACUUCGGCAAGACCACACCUCUCCCGGACGGCCAGACCCUGGACCACCGACGGCCCUAGGAGGGCAACCGAGAGGAUGGCUACUUGCUGGGGCUGGACAAUCUCAUUGGCAUCUUGGCCAGCCUGGCUGAGAGAUGAGGCUGGGCCCUGUCUCCGUGGACCUGAGGGUCUGACAGAUGGACCUGCGCCUGCAUCCCUGCCAUGCAUGCAGGCGAGAGACUGAAACCCGCAGUGCGGGGUGGUUCAUACGGUCCUGCAGGGCCAGGUGCCAAUCAGUAUGGGAUACACUGCACGCACAGGGCCUGGCUCCAUACAAGCCCCAGUGCUCCCAGAGCCUAUGACACUAAUGGGAGGCGGGGUAGAGUGGGACAGAUGGCUUCUUCCUUAGCCCAGCUCUUCUGAGGGGGCUCCAUAACCUUCCCAGAGAAGCCAGAUAAUGAAUUAUUUCACAGGCACUAGAUUUAUUGGUCUAACCUCCCACACUACAAUGGACUCCCUCCCUCAAUAAAACUGAAAGAC